AUGCGGUUCCUCUACGCUACUUUGUUGGCGGUCUAUCUUACAAUCAACAGCGCGGUGACCAGCGAUGCUUCAGCUCUCAACCUUGACCCGAACACAGCAAGAAUCUUUACCCCCACCAUACGCCACUCCGACCCUAAUCUGGAUCGAAGAAUGUUAAAGACCAAUGAUGCGGACAAGGCCGGCAGCAACUACGACGUUGAGAGGGCUUAUAUCCCCGGGCUAUCGCCGAUAGUAGGCGCGUUGUCGAAGAUUAGUCCGUCUGCUCAGGAACUCGCGAACAAGGUUUGGCUCAAGUCGCGUACGAACCCGGCGCUGGUUUUCAACAUGCUGCGCUUUGGAGAGGCCGCUACGAAGCUCGAUGACAACCCGAGAUUCCUGCUGUGGCUCAAUUACGUUGACAUGUACAGGAAAUUAGAGCUCCGCUCGUUUUCCGACGAGAAAAUUAUUCACUUAUUGCUCAAGUUCCAGUCGGAAGCGAGGCUGGUAUCACUUUCCCUGUCACUUCGGGAAAUCCCGGCACGGAAGAACUUAGCUGAUUUGAUGCAGUUUUACCUGGUUGAAGGCUCCGCAUCUUCGCGCAAGCUGCUGAAUGAGGCGUGGCUGAAAUCUCGUGAAACUCCCCAAAGCGUUUUCAAGAUACUGCGUCUUGACAGAGCGAGGCUUCCAGUGGACAAACUACCAGAUAACUCCAAGUUCCUGCUGUGGUUUAAGUACUGCGAGAUGCACUGGCCCGCCGGCGAGCGCGACUUGCGAACGUUUAAGUUCUUGCAGAGCUAUUACGACGAUUCGGAAAUGCACAUCGCGCUGCUCUUCCAAGCUGUACAGCAGCGUCCGGAACUGGGGGACCUUGGAGAUAACUUGCAGAGUUUCCUAUUCAAGAAGUGGGUAGACAAAAAGUUCACGCCUGGGUUUGUCCGGAGUAAGUUGGCGCUGCCGUGGGGGACUGCAAUUUUCAAGUUAGACAAGGAUAACGUCUUUUACAGAGCGCUGGAAGAGUACACGGUCUACUAUACAGCAAUUUGGGGCGACCAAAAGGUGCUGAAGACAGUGCGAGGCUUAUUUGCUAACGACGAACCUUACGAAGCUCUUGCAGUCGCUAUGAGCCUAGCAAAAAGGCAAUAA